UAUUGUAAAACAUUAUUCAACAGGUGCUCGGGUCUCUGAUAGCACUGAUCAUACUAUUUGCUGAGUGAUUCUCUCCCCUGCCACUAUUGCCUGGAGCCACAUCCUACCAGGUUUCCGGUUCUCCAGACCUCUCUGGUGCACGGGGAAAAGCUACAGCUUACACAAGAAGGAGAGACCUUCGUCUUCAUUCCGAAAGUGUGUCCGCUAUGCAUCAUCUUCUAACAGUGUUCGCCCUCGCCUGUGGGCUGAGCAUUGCCGGCUCAGUACGAAUAUGUGCCUUUAAUAUUAGAUCCUUCGGAGACAGCAAAAUAUCGAAUGAAACCAUUUCUACCGUCAUUGUUGAUAUCAUCAAACGCUAUGAUAUUGCUCUCAUACAAGAAGUCCGUGAUGAAAACCUGAGUGCUGUGAAAUUGCUAAUGGAUAAACUCAAUAGCGCCACUCCAAAUACCUACUUGUAUGAGGUCAGUGACCCACUGGGACGCAGCACCUACAAAGAAAGAUACCUUUUUAUUUACAGAAAAGCGGUGGUGUCCGUAACCAGCUCUUAUCAUUAUGACGAUGGAUCCGAGGAGAUGGGAACUGACAUUUUCAGUCGCGAGCCAUUUGUUGUGGAAUUUUCUUCGCCCCAUUCAGCUGUUCAAGACUUUGCUAUUAUCCCACAGCACACUUCACCAACAGAAGCGGUGAAGGAAAUAGAUGCACUUUAUGAUGUCGUUCUUGAUGUUAAGAAAAGAUUGGGAAUUGAAGACAUGCUGAUCAUUGGAGACCUUAAUGCGGGUUGCUCUUAUGUGAAACAAUCUGAUUGGGCUCAGAUUCGCCUACGCGGUGACGGCCAAUUCCAGUGGCUCAUUCCAGACUCCGCAGACACCACCGUUGGCCAUACAGAAUGUGCUUAUGAUAGAAUCAUAGCCAGUGGCUCAGCAAUGAAGAGUGCUGUAAUUGUUGAAACUGCGGUUAUUUACAACUUCCAAGAAGCUUUUAAUCUCAGUGAUGAAAUGGCUCAGGCAGUGAGUGACCAUUAUCCAGUGGAAGUGAGUCUUCGCGCUGCAUAA